ACUACGUAUUGUGCUAGGGAUUCUUCACCAUAAAUUUUGCUAGGGAUUAACUACAACAUAAUUUGUGACGGAAGAACUACCAUGUAAUUUGUGAUGGAAACAUACUAAGGAAUACACGACGGAAUGUCAUCUACCACGGAUUUCAUUCCUUUGUCACAAUUGCGAUGGAAUUAUCGUUUCCAUUGCAAACCCCUCGCUACGACAUUUUUAGGGCCGGAAAUAGGUCGUUGCAAAUUCCGUCGCGAUUCGUCUUUUGCAACAGAAUUUCAGCUUUUCGCAACGGAUUCCUUCUGUAGCAAAAUCACAUUUUUCUUGUAGUGAUAAAAUAAUGUGUCAUUUUGCCUACCUUGAGAGGACAAAGGAGGCACGCGGUCCAAUUUGUCCUCAUCUUUAUCAUUAUUGAGUUGGGUGUGUGUAUGUGUGUGUGUGUGAUGUGUUAUAAUUUUCAGCAGAGCUUAGAGAGAUAGAAGAGGAAAUAAGAAGAGGAUGAAUCAAAAAGCAUUCGGAGCUGGGGAAAUAUCCAAGGAGGGAGCGAGGGACCAAAACCGCAAACUAACGUGCUUAAAAAGACUACCAAUCCAAAGUUUAGAUAUUCAUUGGUGUGAAAAAGUUGUGAGUACCAUCUUACAUAUGGAGAAAGGAAUCGCAUUAACAUGUAUUAUAUUAGUUGCAAUGCUAAUCAAUGCAGGAAUCGGAGGACAAAUCGAUCUCGCUCCUAUCAUCACUCAGUUAAAGCCACAACGGAAUUGCAACGUCGACCGUUGUAACUAUAUAACUUUUCCUCCCAUAUGCCCAUAUCCAAAUUGUAUAAGCCCUUAUGAUUGUUCAGAAUAUUGUGGUACCUUUAUCUCGCGUUGUGUUCUUGAUCACAGCAAUCCUAAAGAUGUUAGAAAGAGAUGUUGUUGUGUGUGGUAG